AUGUCGGAGACUGUCGAGCACCAAAAGGAUGAACUGCGACAUGGUUCUUUGGGCACUGCCCAUGAAGAACCUGUGAUUCACCACUCCAAUGUGCACAAAUCCGAGCUCUAUGGCUUAAUCAAUGAAGCCAAAGAGGGCGCCAGCCUAGAGAAGCAAAUGACACUCCGCCGCGCGCUGAAGCUAUAUCCCAAAGCUGCGCUGUGGUCUAUAGUUCUCUCCACAGCCCUUGUCAUGGAAGGUUACGACACUCUUCUGUUGGCCAAUUUUUAUGCGCUACCAACAUUCAGCAAGAAGUAUGGCGUCCUGAACCCGGCAACUGGGAAAUACACCAUUUCCGCUCCAUGGCGGUCUGGUUUGUCCAACGGGGCUGCCGUCGGUGAAAUCAUCGGUCUUUUCGUGACUGGCCUUAUUUCGGAGCGUUUUGGCUAUCGCAAGACUAUUCUCGGGGCUCUGGUCAUGAUCACUGCAUUCAUCUUUAUCACUUUCUUUGCAGUGGAUAUCAAGAUGCUUCUGGUUGGCGAGAUCCUUUGUGGUCUGCCGUGGGGUGCCUUCCAAACAAUCACCACUGCGUAUGCUUCCGAGGUGUGCCCCGUUGGUCUAAGAGCAUAUCUGACGACAUACAACAAUCUUUGCUGGGUUAUUGGUCACUUUAUCGCCUCUGGAGUGCUACGUGGAGUGGUCAAUAAUACCACGUCCGACGCCUAUCGGAUUCCAUUUGGAAUCCAGUGGAUGUGGCCACCGAUUCUCAUCGUCGGCGUCUACUUCGCACCCGAGUCACCGUGGUGGCUGAUUCGAAAGGGUCGGAUCGAAGAGGCCAAGCAUUCCCUAUUGAGACUCACAACGAAGAACGAUCCAGACUUUGACGCGGACAAAACCAUUGCGAUGAUGCAACAUACAAAUGAACUCGAACAGGAGAUUUCCUCCGGUACCAGCUACCUCGACUGCUUCAAGGGCGUGGAUCUCCGUCGAACCGAGAUCUGCACUGCUGCUUGGGUGGCCCAGAGUAUCUGCGGUUCGGCAUUCAUCGGCUACUCAACGACCUUCUACGAACAAGCCGGACUCCCCACCGUGGACGCAUUCGACAUGUCAAUGGGCGUCUACGCCAUCGCAGCCGUUGGAACUCUCUUAUCAUGGUGGGUGAUGACAUUCGUGGGCCGACGAAAGAUCUAUCUCAUCGGCACGGCGACAAUGUGCGUAACCCUCUUCAUCGUCGGUAUGCUCGGUAUUGCUCCCAAAAGCAGCCAAUCCGUCUCAUGGGCUAUCGGAUCCAUGAUUCUCGUUUUCGCCUUUGUGUACGACUCCAGCGUUGGUCCCGUCUGCUACUCCCUCGUCGCGGAGAUGUCUUCUACAAGACUACGAGCCAAGACGAUCGUGAUUGCGCGGAACUUUUACAAUAUCGCCGGACUCGUUGUAAAUGUCCUCAUCAAUUAUCAGUUGACGUCCACGGCGUGGGAUUGGGGUGCAAAGGCUGGUUUCUUCUGGAUGGGGACGUGCUUUUUGUGUUUUGUUUGGACGUUUUUCCGGUUGCCGGAGCCAAAGGGGAGAAGUUAUAGUGAGCUUGAUGUUUUGUUUGAGCAGAAGAUUCCUGCUCGUCGGUUUGCGCAGACAAAGGUUGAUCCUUACCAGACGGAGCAUGUCCCAAUUACGGAAAACAAGGCCCAUGGUGAUGUUGUCUGA